AAGAAAUGCCGCCAACGGUUGAAUGUCCCGGAAGAAAAUAACUUUGUUGCUAUGGAUAUCGAAACGCCAAAGGAAAAAAAGCCAAGGGUCUUGAAGCGUAUCAAGAAAAAGAAACCAGAUUUGAACAUAUCAUCAACGAAAAAGAAGAAAGUUUUCAGCUAUGGCCGUAGUAAUAUAAGUUUGAGUACAUCAAUCCAGAAACAGAGUUUGCGGGCAAACAACAAGGCUCUAGCUUUUAACUUGGAGAGGAGUAGAGAGGCACUUCGUUUUGCUAACGAUGCCAACCUGGAAUUACAGCGAAACAAUCAGGAACUUCACAUGAAGCUUACAACCUUAGAGAGGGUCGCGGGACUGAAAGACAAUGAAAUUGAAAGUGAAGUCAAUGCCAGACUAAAGAAACACAUGUCGGACCUGAAAACGAAGAUGGUUGGUAUGAGACGACUUUUCUACGAUGCUUUUGCCUGUAUGGAUGAGGUAACUGACAUGUGUAACCUGCUCUCCCACCGCUCCAGUCACGGUCAACGUGACGCCUCUCUGGGCAGUUCCAUCUGCGACACCUCCAUGCCUCAUGGAGCUUUUGAUGGCCACUGCAGAUCCCUCUUCUCUCAGAUUUCCAAGACUGGGUUCCCAUCAAUGUUACCCAGCCAGGACGAUAUGCCAACAGGGCUGGAAGCAACAUCAAGUUUGGCUGUCAACCACGAUAUGAGUAUGAUUGCAGAAACUUCGGUACUUCUGGAAGACAUUACUCCUCCGAGCGACCUUGUGGAUCAAAUCGCUGAUAUUGAAGAAGGAGAGGAUGAAAAUGUGGAACCAAAGAAAAUAUCUGUUGAUAGCAGUGUCAAUAGUGCCAAGAUGGCUCCACAGCGAGUGUUGAAACUGAAGAACAAAGAUUCCCCAUUCAAGGUUCAGCCUACUUCUGUGGAAAAAGCAAACAUUAAAGUCCGCAGUCCUGUAGUGGCAAAUAAGAGAUUGGACCGUCGCGGUACUUUUGUUAUAAACCUAAGUAUAUCAGAUAAGUUAUCAUCGGAAUCAAUAUCUUCAAAGAACAAUACUUUGGAAUUGGAAAAGGGAGCGUUAAAACCAGUCAAGGACAGUUCUCAGUCAAGUAUAGAAAAAUUAAACAAAGAAAGUAUAGGAGGAAGCGACCCAAAACCGAAGUCACCUGUGAUUGGUACAAAGGAAGGGUCAAGGUCACCCAAGCUUGCCGCAAAAACCAGAUCACGAUCUAAAGGAAGGCUCAAUAAGCCGGUGCUGACUGUCACUGAAAGUAUGGACAGUCCUGAUUUAAAUGAACGUAGGAAAACUUUCGUGUUGCCAAGGACGGAGCCAGGUAAGGAGUCCAAUCAGCCAAGCACUUCCAAGUCAUCGGAAUGUUUGUCUGACCACAAAACAGAAGAAAGUGUGGACGAACGACGUAAGACAUAUCUGCUGCCAUCAAGAUCAGCACCAAAUCAAAAGCUUGUCACCUGUUCUAACAGGAAAUGAGAUGUUACACAAUGUUUCAGUAUGGACAUGGAAAUGACGGAAGUCAUUGAUAGUACGCAGCUUAUACAAUUGAUAUCCUCGGAACAGAAUCAACAGAAGGAAAUCCCGAUGAAAGAAAAUAGUCAGUUGGAAUCUGGCAAUGGCAUUCCUAAAGGUCCCAACCAGAGAACUGAAGGCAUCAGUCUUCUUCCGAAUUCUUCUGACUCAUCAGAUUCAGAGAUGCUGAACAAACCAGCCUCGGUUGAAUUCCGCAUCCCACGUCCUGGGAAGAUCGUCUUCUCAGCAUCGAGAAAGGAAAUGGAUGGAUCAAGAAAACCAGUGCCCUCAAAGCUGCCGUUGAAAGCUCGCUCAAAAUCGAAGAUAAAAUUGAGCCGGAGUAAAGGACGGAAAGACAUUGUACCAGAAUCACCAAAGGUGCUGAAAUCAAUUUUUGACUUUCAUGACAGGACUCCGAAAGGUAAGGACGAUACUACGAAGCCUACAGGCUCAGUUUAUGAUCUUUCCAUGAACGAGUCGCUAAGAGACCCCAGCAACAAACCAUCGCUGAGUCAGUUCAGACAGAGCUGUGAACAAGAACUGAAAGAUAAAACUUCAGCUGGAAGUAAAGAGACUGAUGUCAAAUUAUUACCCGAUAAUCCAGUGUAUUAUCAACCUUUAAAGGAAUGUUCCCCAGAGCCACCUGUACAGAAACGGAGCCGGUCAAAAAGUAGGACAAGAAAAGAGGACAUUGAUGAUAAAGAUGAAAGUGGUAGUUGUAGCUCUAGGUCACGUUCUCGCAGCCGUCGACGUGGUCAGGAGGAAAGUACCGAAAAAGAAAUUAAUGUUCCGGAGUCGAGAGGAAGGUCAAGAAGCAAGCGAAGGCAGGGCACAACAGAAGAUGUUGCUUCACCGGACUCGGGCAAAUGUAAAGAUUCUGGUUCUGCUGGAAUUGAAAAUGAGGCUGAAAGUUGUAGGUCAAGAGGGCGUUCACGAAGCAGACGCAGGAAGGACAUUGUGGAAAGUGACACUGAUGUGGAAGAGAGUGGAGUUAAGGAACGGUCCCAAAGUAGAAACAUGAAAAAGGAUGGGGAUUAUGAUGGAGAGAAAGCAGGGUUAAAAGUCAGAACCCGAUCUCGGAGUAGACGAAGGAAAGAGCAAGAAGAAGAUGUGGUAGAAGUGAGAGAAGAAAUAACAAAAGAGAUUAAUUCUACUUCAAAAAACAACCUUCCGGAAGGUGAUUCAGAUACUGAAGGUCACAGAUCCCGGUCACGAAGCAUUAAAAGAAAGAAGGAUAUUGAUGCCGAAGCAGACUUUGUGAGUGAUAAGGGGAGCUUGAAAACCAGGACACGAUCUCGGAGCAGACGUCGCAAAGAUUUGGUGGAAAGUGAUGUGGCAGAUGAAGCAGAAAGCAGACAAAUUAAAGAUUUGAAUACAGCUGAAUCUGAAAUCGAAAAAGAGAAAGAAGAUCGUUUGUCAAAGGCAGCAUCACUAGAAAGAGGAUGCCCUGAUAUGGAAGAUAAAGACAGAGAAUCUAAAGUAAGACAAUCUGGAUUUGAGGAUGAAGGAAGUAGCUCUAUAUCACAAUCUACGGGGAGAAUUAUUGAAGAGGAUACUAAUAUUGUCAGUAGGAAAUCAAGGGGAAGAUCCAAAAGUCGACGGAGAGUUGUUGAUUCGGACAGUGAAUCGAAUGUGUCAGCUUCCACAACAAAAUCACAGCGUGAACAUUGUACAAAUGUGGAAGAAACUCCAGACAAGAUAAUAAGGAAAAGAAAGUCUAGAGGUGCAGAUUUAUCUGAGGAAAAACAAAAGAGUGCCGUUAAACGAAGCCGGUCCAGAGCUCGAUCAAGGACAAGGAAAACCAGCAAGUUGACAUGGGAAGAUGAGGAUGAGUCCAAGCAUGGAACAGAGUCUGCAGUAAAAACAUCGGAGGAAAAUCUGGCAGUUGUGGUGCUUGACAGUGAUGAAGAUGAGGAUGAGGCUGAGAUAUUAAAAAGGUCUGAUAAUCCAGUGUAUGAAGAAGUUCCAGCCAGUUCCGAAGAGGAUAAGACAUCGGUACCGAAAUCGUCUAACUCAUUGGAGUCGUGUGGAGGAGAAUAUAAAGAUAAUGAGGUCGAUAUCGGAGAGUCUGUCAUCAUCUUGUCAUCACCACCAGAAUCAAUAAGAGUGAAGAAAAAGUUAUCACUUCACAGGAAAAGCAGCAGAAAAAGCUCUAAUUCCUCUGACACCAGUAAAAAGUCAAACACAGGUGAAACAAAAGAUGAAAUAAAGAAUGUGGAAGAAAACAACAUUUCAUCUGAGAAGAAACGAAAGGUUGCUGAUGAAGAUGGGGACAAGAUUCCACGCUUGGCUGAAGGACUGUUUGUGACCAAACGAGGCCGAAGUCUGAAGCCAAGCAAGAUGGAUGACCAGGAUUUAGUUUUUGAUUUUGAGAAUAUUUCAAAUAACUUAAAUAUAGACACAAACAAUAUGAAAUUACCCAAAACUCCAAGUACACCAAGUAUAGAGGGGCCAAAGGUCACUCCAAAAGAUAAAACAGGCAGUUCAAAGUUAAAGAAGCUCAAAAGUUCAAAGAAAAGUACUAAUAAGCGACGCCGAUCAAAUUGUUGUUCACUUUCUGAAGCAGAGCAGCCAACUCCACAGACGAAAACGUCAGUAGAGACGGGAUCUAGUACUGAUAAAGAGAAUGAUCGACCUGCUCCGGGACUUUCUGAACAACUUCAGAACAUCAGGAGGAAGCUUGUAUCCUUGGACAAACGACAGAGUAAAUCUUCCUUAGGAUCACAACCCGUACCUUACAGCUUUGACUUCUCAAACCUGGAUAUGGGCAACAGUGAACAUGAAAAGAAGCGACAAAGAAGAGGAGCAUCACAGGUGUCAUAUAAGGAGGUGUCUCUGAAUGUUAAAAUGAGACGGGAAGACUUUGAGGCCCCCAAAGCCUCGCGGAAGCCUAGAAGUAAUACGACAACACCUAUAAAAUGAUGUGAGAUCAACUUCAAAUACGACAUGACAUUCAUGGAAAUUGAAGGAAAGGCGAUGACGGUUCCUCUUUAGAGGGAUCAGAAACAUCAAACCAAUACAGUUUGGUAGUGUAAACACUGUAUAAUUCAUCGUCUGGAAUAUAUCGUCGAACAAUUUAGUACAGGUGAAAAUAAUAUUGAUGAAGAAUGAAAAUAACACAACAUUGAUAAACAGCACUUGGGACAAUGGAUGUCAGAUUCAUAAAACUGUAUCAUUGUGAAGUGGAUUUUUUUAUCAUGUAUGGAGGAAUAAUUCAGUAAUCUGAUGAAAAAUUAAGUGAAGAAAUAUCAAUUGAAAAAAUCUUAGGGUGGCUUCACUUCACCAGGGGGGUUCAUUUUACCAUAAUGGUAUUUUGACACCAUUUUAUUCCACACUGGAAUAAGCCCAUGGGACAAACACACCACCUCUUGACUCGAAGGCUUAUUACAGGAAAAUGACAUGACAUUUGUUGGUAAAUUUACUGGUUACUGCAAUAUAUAUGAUGGCUUACAUCGAUAUUUAACCACUUCUGCUGCUAUAAAACUUGAACUAAAGUUUGGGAAGUGCUUACGGGUAUUUAUGAACCAUUUUUAGCUUACUAUUUUAAAUUGAUGAUUCUGCAGAAAUAAAGAAAGUGCUUAUUGUGGAUAAAAACGGUACCAGGCCUGGACUUAUUGCAGGAUAAAUGUGAUAAAUGAUACAUGUUUGUUUCUGUUCAUCCAUAUCUUGAAAAAAUAAUUGAGAAAUGAAAAUUCUAAUGUUGAUAAUCAUCCUUUCCUCGUGAAUUUUCCAUUGUCCGAGGCCAAGCAGAAACGAAAUUUGUUAACCAUGAAAAAAUUUUAAAGGGAGAAAGCUUAAUGGUGGAACAGCUAUUUUUCAUGUCAAGAAGGCCGUCUUUUGUAAUUACCACCUGUAUCGGAGAAAAACACAAUUGGAAAGCUUUUCGAGAAAUUUCUGUCAUAAGUAUGUACCCCUAAACAAAGUAACUUCAUUUUCCUGUUUGAACAAAAUGGUUGACAUUUCCUGGCAUCUGAUUAGUCGAAAUCUAAAUUUCAGAUUUUGUUCAUGGGACCGUUUCAAAUAAGUACCGGGGGUAACUUUGUUUUUUUGUUUCAAGAAAAUGGCCACCGUUUCCUCACCUCUGAUUGGUUGAAAUGUGAAUAUUGACAAAAUUCCUUGAAAACAAUGACCUUAAUAAUCUUAUGGUAUUUUAGUACUUAGGAUCUAUGUACUUUUGUGUAUUGAGGAUAAGUUAACAUUAUGAGAGUUGGUUGUAGCUUGACCUCUUAGUAUUUCUCUAUAUGGCAUAAUUAUGUAUUUAAUAUUCCAUUGUGGAUUUCAUUGUUUAAACUUUGAACCAUUGUUCAAAAAAGAACAAUUGUCUAUGUGAAUUAUUUUUAACUGUGUUGUCUUUUUAUGAUUUUUAUUCUGGUAGCUAUGUGCAGAUAAUGUUUGACUUUGAAAAUAUACUGUAAUUUUUCAUUUUUGUGAGGUUUUAUUUUCAUGUUACAAAUUGUAACAGUAUAUAUGUGUGAUCCAUGUAACAUGUUUUGAUACAGUGUAAACUUCAGCAAGUUAAGCGACUAGUCUUAUCUCACCUUGUUUGGUUUCACAAUUUGUUUGAUAAAAUAUUACUGUCUAUAACUACUAAAACAAUGUCAAUAUCCCCUCUUCUCUCCAUUCACUUUUCCUUCCAAUUUCUCAAUAUUUUCAUAUCCUUCUUCACUUAUCUAUUGCUUUUCCUUCCAAUUUCUCAAUAUUUUCAUAUCCUUCUUCACUUAAUAUCUAUUACUAUUCUUUCCAAUAUCUAUAUACAUCCUCUUGUGAGUUUUGAAUUUCAUGUACUUUUUAUGUAAACACAAAUAAUAUUUAAAAACUCCCAAAUCAUCACCCACGGAUAUGCCUGUCCGGACUAGAUAUUGUGACUGAAUCCUAUAAUUUAUUUUAUCAUUCUGGUUGAUGACUGGAUGUUGUCCAGAACUAGAUGAGCAAUAUCGUUUAUACUUUAGCUUAACAUGAUGGGUGACCUUGUCUCUGUAAUUAUGGGUUUGAAUCCACUGAGGACUGUCACUAAUUUGUUUAGAUUUGUCCAUAAAUGAUUUCUGUAACACUUAAAACGGUUUAUUGCAUGUACUCGCCAAAUAAAUGGAAAAAUACAAA